AUGGCCGUGCGCGUCAUACGCGGGAUGGAGGACCUGGUGGCGUCGGGCAGUCAGCUCCUCUGGAGCGUGGCCCACCAGACCCUCAGGAGGUGGUACAGUCGGGGCCUGAUGCCGUGCAGGCGCGUCCUGGAGGCCUGGUUCAGGAUCGGGAAGUGCUACCAGAUGACAGAGGGCCGUCUGUGCCAGGUUCACCUCCUCGAUGACAGGAAGCUGGAGCUGUUGGUUCAGCCUAAGCUACUGUCCCGUGAGCUGUUAGAUUUGGUGGCAUCCCAUUUUAACCUGAAGGAGAAAGAAUAUUUUGGAUUGUGCUUCAUAGAUGAUACGUUUUAUAUUGAGAGGAUCACAUUCUUGAAAGACAAUACAACAGUGGAGCUGUUCUUCCUAAAUGCGAAAUCUUUAGUAUUUAAUGAGACCAUCGAAGUGGAGAGCAAACAUGUUUUCAAGUUAGCAGCAUUCGCAUUGCAGGAGGCUAAAGGAGAUUAUACCAGUGUUGAAAGUGCCACAUCAGACCUAAAGCAGCUUCCAGUCCUGCCCACCAGCGUGCUAAAAGAACAUCCAUCUCUCAAUUACUGUGAGGACAGAGUGAUUGAACAUUACAAGAAACUCAAGGGACUGACCAGAGGACAAGCAAUUGUGCGGUAUCUGGCCCUGGUGGAAUCCCUGCCCACAUAUGGAGUUCAUUAUUACCCAGUGAAGGACAAGCAAGGAAUCCCAUGGUGGCUGGGAGUCAGCUAUAAAGGCAUCGGACAGUACGAUUUGCAGGACAAGCUGAAACCUAGAACGUUAUUUCAGUGGAAGCAGUUGGAGAAUUUAUACUUCCGGGAGAAGAAGUUCGCAGUGGAAGUAAACGACCCGCACAGCAGAACAGUGACCAAGCGAACAUUUGGACAGAGCGGCCUGGUUAUUCACACGUGGUAUGCCAGCCACUCUCUGAUUAAAACCAUCUGGGCGAUGGCCAUUAGCCAGCACCAGUUCUACCUGGACAGAAGGCAAAGUAAAAGAGGCUUCAAGGUGUCCGAUGACCUGCGUAGAGUGCAGAGUUGUGAAGCACGUGACGCGCUUUUCAUGGUGGAGAUGGAUGAGCGUGUGUGUGGCAGCAGUCAAAUGAGGUUUUUCAGCACCGGUCUCGCUCGGAGGCAGACGUCGCAGAUGACCACGACCAGGAGCUCAGGAGACAUCGCCAUGGACCUCACAGAGAUCUGCGUGCCGCGGAUCACUAAGAUCUCCAGCGUUGGCAGCAAAGAUCCGCUUAUAAUGGCCAGCAACGGAAGCCUCAUCUCAGCUGGUUCUGCUGACUCGGAAGGCAGCGAGGAGCAGAAGAAAGAGAAGAUUGCAGAAUUAAAAAAGAAGGAAAAGGACCUUCAAGACACGCUGGCGCAGAAACUCGAAGAACUGAAAAAGAUCUGCAUGAGAGAAGCUGAGCUCACGGGCAGACUGCCCAAAGAGUAUCCCUUGGCCACAGGCGAGAAGGCUCCCCAGGUGCGGCGCCGCGUCGGGACGGCUUUCAAAUUGGACGACCUGUUCCCAUAUGACGAGGACCCACAUCUUAGGAAUCUGGAAAGCAGGUUUGCCUUGCAGCAGAAAAUUGUGGAGGCAGCCAUGAAGCUCGCCAGCGAGGGUGACCUCUGCAAGACUGUGAAGAGGAAGAGGAGAAACAACUGCCAGGAUGCUAUGAGGAAACUGGAGGAGAUUGAGAAAGAGAUAAAUGCCUAUAAGAUCAUGAAGGGAAGGAAGCCCACUCAGAGAGCCUCACUCAUCUUAGCAGAUGAUACCCACCCCUCAGACCUCAGCUCUCUAUCCGACAGCCUCACGCUGGACGAUGAUGACGAGCUCGUCUCCCAGAGGCAACGAUCCAGAUCGGUCCAGUACUCUCCAAGACCACACCAUGCAGACACCCUGGACAUUCAUUACAACAAAGACAGACGGGCCUCCGCUAAUGACCAGCUCGCAGACAGCAGAUUUAAUUACGGACAAGUCCAGGAACCAUUCCCCAACAGUCACAGCGAUGCCUUAUCAAGCUACGGCAGCCCGUUUAAACCGGCCUCCAGACAGCCACGUGACGCCCGCAGCAUGCCCCCCACUCCCCUGCUCACCCGCAAUGCCUACAGCAGCACACAGCUCAGAUCGGAGGACGCGCCGCAGCACUUCCGCCAGCGCAGCGGCAGCCUGGAGUCCCAGUCCCAGUUCGUUACGGAGAGCAAGCCGGCCGCCCCGGCGCUGACCGCCUCCCCGGCCCGCCGCAGCAACAGCACCGAGGUGCUGGACGACGGCUCCUCCUACACCAGCCAGUCCAGCGUGGAGUACAGCGUCCCGGGCCCCCGCACCCACAGACGCAGGGCCCGCGCAGGACCCCACAGAAAGGACCUGUACGCCAACACGGGCAGCAUGCCCAACCUGGCUCAGCCGGACACCCGCUGCCACGCCUACCAGCCCCGAUCGCGACCCACCACCACGGCUUACUGCAUCACAGGCUACCCAGGCUACGCGGAGCCAGAGCCUUACUCCAACGGGGCCUACGUGUACGAGAACGAGAUGGAGGGACACUACAACGUCAACCCUUCCUACCACCACACGCAAGCAGCGUACUACAGCACUGACGUGUACAGUCACUACGGCUCAGACCAGAUGGACGGGGUCUCUCACAACCUGUACGCCACGCUGCGGCCCCCCAGGAACCGUCCGCCCCCCCACAGCGGCGAGCUGGUCAGCAGGAACAUUGAGAAGGCGCUGGUGGUGGAACACCUGAAAGGCUGGUACCAGCGCAACAAAGCACACAAACAAGUGUCGGCGUACAACUACGACUACGACCGAGGCUCCCAGCAGAGCCUGGGCUAUCAGCCCUCCCCAGCCUACAGCAGCAACCGGACCAUUUCCUACUCGUCAGUAUCCUCAGCCUCCUCCGCCGCCCACUGGCCCUCUCACAUGAGCGGUCGGGGCAUGUCGGAGUACGACCUGCAGGAACCACAGGCCUACGCCUACACUGCAGCCCCCUUCACCCACUCCACCCACAACAGAUAUGGCACCCCCCAGCAUUUAAAGAGCUCCUGGCACAGCCCUGGCGGCCAAAGGCGCUGUGCUAUUCCCCCUGCUAGUCCCUUCUCCUCCGGCCCCCCCCCCGCCUCCUCCCUGCCCUCCUCCUCCCACUCCCCAGUCCGGCAGGCGACCUACAGCCCCGCACAGGCCCGGUCCUCCGGCGGGCACAGGCUCAGUAAGGGGCCUUUUGCAAAAGGUAGCUCCUAGUAAGUAACCGGCAGCGGCCUGAGCCUGUGCGUUUGCUGCCUCUGUCAGUGUGUCAACAGUGUGGCUCCACGCUCUUGCCUGUUGAUGUUUUGGAGUGAAAAAUGCAUAUUUGAGAUGCUUGACUUGUGGCGUUUGAUAAGGUAACUGCAUGGCUUCCCAUUCCAAAUAUGCCUGACCUGUUUGCUCUGUCAGGUGGCAUAUUUUCGUCCAGCGGUCACAUUUCUCCACUCUCCUGUUGUCUCGUCUUCUCUGCACUUUGCCGUCCUCUCGGCACACGCAAAACCCUCCCAGCCAAGGUGCGUCUAUUCACCCAUGACCUUUGCCCCCUCUCAUGCACAGAUGCCCCCCAGGGUUACAGAGGAGAAGCCGUGAUAGGAUGGCGUGCCCUGCUGGGCCUUUAGAGAGGCUCGGUGCUGUUGCCUAUGCCACUGGCCAGGAACAGGAAAUUAACUCCCUACCCCACAGUAAUCACAGUUACAGCACUCAAGAAAGGGUGAGAGACCAGAGCGUCAGGCUGGUGAUGGUGAUGUCUGUUUUCCUUUAUGCGGCAGGGACUAACAGGAAGCCCAAUCUAUUCAGGCAUAUUUUUCUAAUCCUCCGUCCUCUUAGCUGGGUGUUUUGCGGUGGUGGGGGAUACCUGUGUGGCAAAGGGAGAAUGUGACCCUUGAGCAUUGUUGCAGUUGCAAGCUGUUAAGCCUGGCUGUCAUGUCUGUGGUCUAAUGGGGGAGAAUCCUUUAACCCCUCCACCCCCGACCCCCUUCGGUUAAGCUUUCCACCUAAUGCGUCCCAACCUUUUGUGUUUGCGACAGGUCCUACAUAGAUGUCAGAAUGGACUCGCACAUCAGCGGCCAGGUCCACGCUAGCGCGGAGCCAGACGAGCGGAUUUACUGGCACGAGAACUCCAAGCCGGGAACCAUCGUUUAGCCGCCCCGCCGCUGUGCCAAAGGGAAAAAACUCCGGCCGUGCCUUAGCCUGCACUUACCCGCUCCCGCGUAGAGCGGGCUCAGAAGAAUGAAGGAACCGCUGCAGAAACGUAAAACUCCCACCGCCAAUUUCUCAGCGACAGGAACGUGUUCCCGUUCUGCCACUGACAGUCGUGCACAAACACUGUAACCAUGAAGGACCUUAUCAGCAUGAAGGGAUCGAGCUUUUGAAACAUGUUUUUGUUUUCGUUUUUGCCUCCGGAACACUGCGCCGUCACCAGACUCAGUUGCUUCACACCCACUCUGCUCCCCCUACUGUCGUUUCUCACUUACUUAAGUAUUUAAUCUAACCAUCUGUCAGUACUUGCGAAUUAAGUGAGCCAAAUACCUGCUUCUUUGUUGCGCCAUCCGAGUAUUAACCCCCGAGUCUUCGGUAUAAUUUCCCCCUCUCAGUUUUGUUUUGGUUUAAACAUGGUUAUUUCAUCCAUGCUGG